ACUGCACCCCUCCAGACCUACCUUUUCAGACCUAUUCUUUCAACCCUGGCCCCUCCUCAAUCAUCAACAUCUUCACAAUGGAGGCCUAUACCUCUAUUCCAGAGGUGGACUUGACUUAUAAAACCCUGCAGACAACCUUCCGCAGCGGGCGUACCAAGGAGCUGGCCUGGCGGAAGUGGCAGCUGAAGCAGGUCUGGUGGCUCGUGGAAGACAACCAGCAACGCAUCAUCGAUGCCCUCAACAAAGAUAUGAAUCGUCACGCCUUCGAGACUACCUUCGCUGACUGCAUGACCGUCAAGACCGACGUGGUUGACCACCUUAAGAACAUCGACAAGUGGGCUGCAGAUCAGCCUGUCGAUGCUAAUAUGGUUAUGAAAGCGUUGCUGCGGCCUUGUGUGAGGCCUGAGCCUCUUGGCGUCGCCCUCAUCAUAGGGCCGUGGAACUUCCCCGUCUCCCUGGUCCUGCAGCCCAUGGUUGCUGCUAUUGCUGCUGGAUGUGCUGUUCUCAUCAAACCCUCCGAGAUUACCCUCGCCUGUCAGGCGCUGCUGGUCGAGCUGAUACCCAAGUAUAUGGAUCCCUCCGCGGUCCGGAUCGUGACGGGGGGUCCCACAGAGACAACUGCACUGCUGGAACGCAAAUUCGACCACAUCUUCUUCACAGGGUCUGUCGGCGUUGCUCGUCAUGUCGCCCGCGCUGCAGCCAAACACCUCACUCCCACUGUUCUCGAACUAGGUGGCCAGUGCCCGGCCAUCGUGACCAAAUCCGCAGACGUGGAUGCUGCCGCUCGCGAUAUUGCCUGGGCCAAGUACCUCAACUCUGGGCAGAUCUGUCUGUCUGUUAAUCAUGUGUUUGCCCAUCCGGAUAUACAGGCAAAGCUCAUCGAGCGGAUGGCGUUCUACUUCGCUGAGUACGCCAAAAACGGGGCGGACGAGAUGACGCACAUCGUCAACCAGAAGAACUAUGAGCGGCUGAAGGGUCUCAUAGAAAAGACUCAGGGCAAGAUAGAGUGCGGAGGGACCUUGGAAGCGUCAAAGAAUCGCAUCGCUCCGUCAGUUGUCUCUGGCGUUACGAUGAAUGACUCACUUCUAUCUGAGGAGUUGUUUGGAACCAUCUGUCCAGUUCUGACAGCAUCGACCGAGGAGGCUGUCGCCGCCAUCAACGACCACGUGAUUUCAUCUACCAUUUCUGGCGGAGUCACCGUAAACGGCACCAUCAUCCACUCCUCUGUUCCUAGCGCCCCGUUCGGCGGGGUCGGUGACUCAGGACAUGGAUACUACCAUGGAAAGCAUGGGUUCCAGGCCUUUACCCACCUGCGCACGAUUGCACGACCGGUCCCACUAUUUGGCAGGCUGGUUUCUUUCCUGCGCCCGCCAUAUUCUGUCAAUCGUAUCAAGUGGAUAGGCGUGCGCCAAAACCUGGGUAUUCGGCGGGGUUGGACACUAGAUGAUGAGCGGCGUAUUGCCCGCCAGGGAAAUCUGCUCCGUCUACCGGUUCGAUUUUUUCAAAUCUUAGCCUUCAUUGUGACCCUAGGGCUAGUGGACCAUCAGAUGGAGGGGCAGUUGGGAAUCAUACAGAGGCUGCAGGGCUUGACCGACUUAAUUCGAAACAUCUUCUAG